AUGGAACAGUCCAAUGAAAGUGAUGACGGGGUGGCGUUGAAGUCACGUAAAGUGUGGACACUUCUUAACGGCAAUCGGCUACUGUGCACUGCGACCACUCAGUAUUACGGACAGUCCCAGACCUCCAGAAUGACGAAGACACGGAAAGAAAAUCAACACUACUCAUCAACAGUGACAAAUAAUGAAGUGAUAUCCGGAUCGGAUGAAACCAUCAAAAGAAGCAAAAAACGUGUAAAUACAUCCUCCGCAAAAAAUAACGGACCUCGACGACGAGGUCGACCAACAGGAGCUAACGCCGCUCGUGAGAGAUCGCGUGUCAAAACACUGAGGUCGGCAUUUUUAGAAUUACAAAAGACGCUACCAGCCGUUCCACCGGACACUAAACUAUCCAAACUUGAUGUGCUAGUGUUGGCUACAACUUAUAUAGCUCAUUUAAUGCAGACUUUGGAUUCGGACAACCCGGACAAUGGUCAAGAAACUGAAAUACAGCAUAGACUUGGUGCUAAUGGCUAUUUACAUCCAGUUAAGAAGUGGCCGAUGCGAUCGAGGCUUUAUGUCGGAGCGACGCCGUCCAGUCCUCCGUCACAAUACAGCUCGAUGACGUCACAACCCAGUCCAAGUGGUUCGUCGGAUAGCUGUUAACUGUUGAGUCUCAGUACAUCAGACAUUUAUGAAAUGCUGC